AACAGGACGUUCUUUCAUAUUUACAGCGCAGAAGAUGUUUAAUCUUAUUUUAUGCUUCAGUCAUGAAAUGGAUUUCUUUGAAAGUUGCACAGCUUUUCAUACACUAUGUUGAUUAUGGGUUGUAGGAGGGGAACAGAUUUAUUCCACGCUUUGUUCCGUAAAAACGCACGUUGUCCCUACGAGGCAGGACCAGUCGAAGUCCAGUCUGCAAACGGUUGUAAUUAGAAUAUGAACAUGUGCAAAUGUCUCUGGGGCCAAGUGUUGCGACGAUCCAGGCUCCCCGUCAACGCGCAGCUCAUUAGGGGGCUCUUCUUUGAAUUUGGCUCUCUCCUGCAGGGAUCAUGCGCAGUGCGCACAGCGCGCCUGCCUCCCCUCCAGUCGGCCGAGCAGCUGUCCAAGGGCUUGGAAUUCCAACAUGGCAGAGGCAGUGGUCAGUCUCGCUCGUAGCGGCAACUUGGAAUGCUCUCCGCUGUCGAGCCGCGGCUCCGGCAGCCUCUAACGCCCCGCCACAGCCACCAGACCUCCGCACUCGGAUCGAUGCUCGCGUAAAAAAAAAAAUUAAAAAAAAUUAAAAAAGCCCGCAGCCACCCUGUCACCUACACAGUUGUGAAAGGAGAUCGAGUGUGGCUGCAAUGAGAAGCAACCCGUUGGAAUUCCACCUGGUGAACGCUGCGAAUCUGCUGUCUUCCUUCUGCUCUCCUUUCCAGGCGUGAAGACAUGAUUACGAGCACCAGCUUUUAUGGUCUAAAGAUGCAGUGGACCCCAGAGCACACACAAUGGGCCGAACAACACUUUGACAUCUCAUCCACCACCCGCUCUCCAGCGCACAAAGUCGAGGCCUACCGGGGACACUUGCAACGAACGUACCAGUACGCCUGGGCCAAUGAUGAUAUCUCCGCGCUCACCGCCUCCAACCUGCUCAAGAAGUACGCCGAGAAGUACUCCGGGAUCCUCGAAGGCCCGAACGAAAGAGCGCUCCUGUGUUCCUACUCGGAAGGCGGCGCCGGACUCCUGAACGGACGCAAGUCGGAGAAUGAGCCUUGGCAGGAGGGGAUUUACCCGAUGAACUGUGCUCCAGAUGUUAUAUCUGUGAGCAAAGCUGGAAUGACAGCUGCCCUACCCCCUACAGAUGCGUCAGCCAGCAUCGGCAGCUCCCCGGGGGUGGCGAGCAGCUUGUCGGAGCCGAGCUAUUCCAGCAGUAACUGCGGGAGCCACGCGGCCACGACUCUCCACUCGAGCCUUCCCUCUCAGGAAUACAGCGCCGGCUACAACGGCUCCUACCUGCAUUCCAGCUACAGCGGCCAGACCACCCCGGCCCUCCCUUCCCCGCAUCCGUCUCCUUUGCACAGCGCCGGGCUCCUGCAGCCCCCGCCGCCGCCGCCUCCCCCCGCCUUAGUGCCGAGCUACAAUGGCGCGUCUCCAAACCUCCCCAACUACAAUUAUCCGCCGACAGGGUAUCCCCCUCAAACGGCCGUGGGCCCCGGUUAUAGCCCGGGGGGAGCGCCCCCGCCUUCCGCUUAUCUGCCGUCCGGGAUCGCGGCGCCCACUCCCAUCCCCCCUUCCACUCUGCCCGGCUACACCUACCAGUCCCACAAUCAUACGCCGAUUGCCCCGGCGCCCUUGAACGGCAGCACAUCCAACUCGUUAAAACGAAAGGCUUUCUACAUGAGCGGACACGGCGAAGUGGACUCGAGCUACGCCGACUUCAACUACAACCAGCAGCGCUCUUCUCAGAGUCCCAUGUACAGACUGGCGGACAGCAGCGUUUCAGACUCCAACCGGGGCAACGGCUUUGACAGAAACGCCGAGGCCUCCUCGUUGGCGUUCAAGACCACCAAACAGGCCAUCUCCUCCGAUCAGCAACGAAAGUUCGGCAUCCACUCCGGCGGGGCUCUGACCCCGCCGUCCUUCGGAUCGUCCAAAAGCUCCGUGGACGAUCUCCGAGCCGGCGAGACCUACGGCAAGUUUGGCUCCCCGAUUUUGAGCGAGCAAAGCGAAGAGCACAGACAGCACCUGCCUCAUUCCCUCACGGGUCCCGAUGUCGGUCCGCCUACCUCGUCCAUCCUCGCCGCGGAGGAGCAACUGAAGAACAGCGACCCCAACCUGGUGGACUUGGUGACGGCGGAGAUCCUUCAGCAGUGCCCUCCGGUGGAUUGGAGCGACAUCGCCGGGCUGGAGAUGGCCAAGGCGGCCAUCAAGGAGGAGAUCCUCUGGCCCAUUUUGAGACCCGACAUGUUCAGCGGACUUCACGCCUUACCUCGCAACCUUCUUUUGUUUGGACCUCAGGGAACGGGCAGAACGCUGAUGGCCCGCUGCAUGGCCAGCCAGCUGGGGGCCGCCUUCUUGCGACUGAGCAGCUCCGCGCUGGUCACCAAGUGGCUGGUCGAGGGAGACAAAAUCAUCCAGGCCUCUUUCGUGGUGGCCCGCUCUCGCCAACCGGCGCUGGUGUUCAUCAGCGAGGUGGACCUCCUCCUGUCGGCCCAGCUCAGCGAGGACAGUCCGGUGAGCCGGCUGAAGGCCGAGCUCCUCAUGCAGCUCGAUGGUAUUUUGUCCUCUGCCGACGACCACGUUCUGGUGGUCUGCUCCACCAGUAAACCCGAAGAGAUCCCGGAGUCCCUACGGAGGUACUUUACCAAACGCUUGCUCAUCCCCUUACCCGACGGAACGGCGCGGCACCAGAUAAUCAACCAAGUGCUCUCCCCGCACAACUACUGUCUUAGCGACAAAGAGAUGUCAUUACUGGUUCAGAGGACAGAAGGUUUUUCCGGACUGGAUGUGGUUCAGCUUUGUCAAGAGGCCGCGGUGGGCGCGCUCCACGGCGUUCCCGCUUCCGACCUGUCGAGUCUCCACCCGAGACAAAUGAGAGCGGUUUCUUUUCAAGACUUUGACAAUGUCUUUUGUAAAUUCCAGCCCAGCAUAUCGCAAAAAGAACUCGACACGUACACCGAAUGGAAUAAAAUGUUUGGGUGCAGCCAAUGAGAUCGAUGAGACGCUUCCGCCGUGAUUUCCGAAAAAGCGUUCGGGUGGUCACGUAAUCGCGCAAGGGGUGGGGGGGCUGGAAGAAUCACAAACGCGGACACGCUUGACGGGGUCAUGGAGGGCUUUAGAUGAAAACGGACCAAGCCGCGAUUCGAUAAAUCGGCACAUGGCAGGAGUUACGUGCUCACGAAAAGACUUGUGAAGGAAUAUCCGGCGACCCUCCUUCUUGUUUUUGUAUAUACACACACACAAACACAUACACACGCACCCACACACACACACAUCAUAUAUAUGACUAUACCGUACUGCUGAUUUUGAGAUUUAGUUGCUAUCAAGUGCCUGAGGUGGUGCUGUUUUAAGUUUUCUUUUUUGCCUCACAACCUUCAUCGGUGACCUGUGCUAAUAGAGCGUUUAAAAAAACAAACAAAAAAAAAACAGUUUAAAAAAAAAAAGCUUGAAAAUGAGACAACCCCCCCUGCUUUCUCUUUUCCCUUAGAACAGCCGUCUGUUGUGUGCUCUUUGUGAACAGUUGUUUUAAGCUAAAUUCAAUUUUACGGGCAGAAGCUUUCAGCUCAGUUUUCUGGCAUAUUUUGUAUGUGUAAAUCAUUUAGUUAUGGGGGGGGGGGACAAAAAAGAAAAUUACCUAAACCAUUGACAUAGUCAUACUCUGCAUACUCAUGUUGGUCCAGUAAGAUUCUAGCAAGGUGAUUUUUUUAUUUUUUUAUUUUUUUGCUCCUCCAAUUGUAGAUACGACUUAAAGGGUGAAUAUGAUUUCACAACGUGGCUUCACUUUAACCAAUAAAUUACGAUGUAAUUGUUGUUAGUUGUAAUUCACAGUGUUUGACCGCCAUGUAAAAUUAGACCAUCCAAUUUCAUUUUUUUUUUUUUUUUUUACUUUCAAUACUCAGGAAAGUGACGAUAGCAUCGUCAUCAAGUACAGUUAAGCGCGAUAUUCUUCAUACCCUUUUCCCCUUUUCUUCUUUUUGGCCGUAAAAGUUGGAUAUUCUCUGCCUUUUACGCACUUGUUUUUUUUUUUCCUGGUGGCUCUUAUUAUUUCCGAUAUUUUCGCUUUUUGAGUUAUUUGAUUCAUCGUCUCGGGCCCUCGACGUCAACGAUCUUUUAGCGGAAAAUGGGGCAAAGAAGAACGCAAAAAAAAACCUCAACUCCUCAACAUCAAAAUCAAGUUGAUUAAAAUGUAGAGCCUGAGCAAAACAGAUUUUUUGGGGGGACCGAUGGUGAUUACGAUAGUUAGCAGAAAGUGAGUCCGGUAACCGAUUAAUUACAAAUCCGAUUAGCUUUAAAAAUGUCGAAUGGAUAAACUAACAUUUUUUUUUGGUCUUUUGAUGCUUACAACAAUGAUAUGAGUUACAGCAAGAACAAUUGCCAGUUUUAAAAUACUCCGUCCUUUUGUUUUACUUUACAACAGAGAAAAAAAUAGUCCGAUUUUUGGCGAUUUUGUGGGGGUGGGGGGGGGCAGCGGCAGGAUGUUAGAAUGUCAUUGUCUUAUAUUCUAAUGUGAUGAAAAAAUAAAACAAUCAGAUUUUUUUUUUUUUUUUUUGCCAGCGAUGUUAAAAUAGCUAAUAAUCGGUCAAUUUUUCUCGACGUGAACAGGAUCCUUGAGAAUGUACAUGUGAGAGAUCUCGUUCUCUUCAAUAUGUGAUGAUAAGAUCGCCCAUAUCUUUCCUUUUUCAACAGUCGACUGUUUUCAUCAAUCAGUCUCGUACAACUUUCUUGUCUCAUUUCCAGCUAAAAGAUAGCCUCUCCCGAAAAUACGAAUUCACUUCACGGUAACGUUUUGCAAGGGUAUGAAUCAUUUGGGGGCUUAAUUGUAUGUUUCCGACACCGCGCGCCAAAAAAAAAAAAAAAGACUUUGAUUUGAAAUUGUAUCAAACAACGCGACACGGCUACAAUACCUCAGCAAAGGUUUCUCCAAUGAAUGUAUAUAUUUCAUUUUUGAUCUAUUUGCGAGACAAAUAGUAAUCGGAUUUUUUGGGGGGGGGGGGUGAGGGAUGUUUCCUUGAAAUGAAACAUCGUAUUUAUGAUUAGAGAUUUGCCUUUGAAGAAGAACGGAAGCGUUAUUUAUCUUGAAUGGUUGCCCGCGGCUAAUUCCGAAAUGAUUUUCAAGGCGCUAUCACACCGAAAAUCCUACCCGGCGAUUCUGCUCUUUUGAGUCGCCCCAUUUGGAGGCUCAGCUGUACAUCUCGCGUCGAGCGGCGUGUAGAAUGUGAAAAAAACGGCGCAGACAAACAUCUUGGGGUUGAGCGAGGGGGAAAAAAAAAUUGCCCGGAGCCAUUUCAUUCCAUCCUGCUGCUGUUUUAUCAUUAAUGAAAGCGAAGGAUUAUGUAUCCCCUCGGUUGCUUUUCUACCUCCGUUUGUUCGUUAUCGUCUCAAAUACAAAGGUGUGACAGCAGCAAAUAUUUUAAAAGAACGCCGGUGUUUCUAUCUUUAUUUUUUUCCGAUUUUUUGGGGGGUGUCUGUGCAGAAUACAGCGGAUAGAAAAAGUCGACACGCGCCAGUUCAAAUGCCAAGUUUUUGUGACGCUUUUGGUGUGUUUCGAACAUUCGAGAGGGGGGGUGAAAAUCAAGGACUGAGAUAAUGUGGUUGCACAAGUGUGCACACCCUCUGAUAUCUGCAAUGUGGCAGGGUUCAGAAUUCACCGACCACAUUCUUGUUAGAUGGAAGUCAACACACACUCGCCAUCAAUUCACGUGGCCUCUGCUUAAACACAAAUGAAUUUUAGUUGUUCAAGUCGACUUUUCCUGCCUUUUUUGGGGAGGCAUGGACUGAUUACCGGUUUGAUGAUUUACCGUAGUUUUUAAAAAGUCAAGGUUUCAAUAACGGCUAAUAAGGGCGGUCAUCGGUAUUGAGCUCUUUUCGUUUUUUUGGAGGGGACGGCGAAGCAGAGCACAAAAUGAUUUGUAGCUUGCGGAGUUGAGUAAACGAGUCAACUUUUUUUUUUCUCCUCUUUCUCUGCACAAAAUGGAAGAGGAGGAGGGAGGGAGCAAGACAAGAUACUUCAAAAACAGAUCCCUUUCUGCUCUGAUUAAUGUCCCUCCAAAAAAUGUGCCAGCAGGUACUAGUUAGCCCCAAAGACAACAUAAGUAACCUACGAGUCUCUUC